AUGGAGGAUAGUGAAGAAAGCAUGUUAAGUGAAAAAAAGUAUUUGGAUGAUGAGUGUGAUUCUGUAUCAGAGUUGGUUGAUUCAAUGGAAACUGCUUUUGUAGGAAAAAAUGCAUUAAAUACACAACAGCUCAUCUUUGCAAAUCUAAAUUCUUAUCAUGUAAAACUUGCCAAAAGAAAAGGUAAUUGUUAUGAACCUGUGUUGGAGUAUGUUCCAAGUUUUCUUGUUGAAACUUUCUACAGGCUGAAUUGGAUGAAAUAUACUGAUGUUCAAGGAAUAUUUCGUGUUGAAGGAAAUCAAUUAAGACUUAAAAAACUUGACACAAAGCCAUUGUUUUUAGGAUGGCAGGUUGUGGACAAAGAAUAUAGUGUACAUGAUUUAUGUACUUUGGUUAAAAGAUUUUUUAGGGAGAUAGAAGAUCCUAUACUAGAAGGUCAUCAACAACAUAUUUUGCAAUUUGCAAGUCAUGAAAAUCCACCAAAAGCUAUGAAGCAAUCUUUAAGUGUAAUUCUACAUAGUCUUGACAGUAGAAAGUAUGGUGCAUUAAUGUUUACUCUUUUACAACUUCAUAAUGUAGCAAAAAAAGAAAAUGUCAAUUCAAUGUCUUGUGAAAAUCUUGCUAUUGUAUUCGCUCCUACCUUUUUCAGAGAAACAGGAGUGUCUUCAAGGAAUGAAAAGAAAAAAUCUAAAAUUGGAAAUUUUCCUUCAAUGAAUCCUCAUCAAUAUGAAGCUCUAAAAAAAGCAAAUCUAACAAAAGUUAGAGCAGUAAAAUUUUUAAUAGAAAAUGCAUUCUUUUUUGCGUAUGAUGAACAAAAAGCAAAACCUAGAAGAAGACUUACAAAUGGUAAAGAUAUUGCAACUGCUAUUAAUGAUAUGAGAAAUAAAGAUGGAAGUAUUUCUGAUUAUUUAGAAUGUAACUUUUCGUCAUCGAAUGACAAUAUUUUUGAAAAGAGUUUCAGUCAUGACUAUUCAAAAAAGAUGCUAAAAAGUGUUGGUCACGCUAAAUCGGAAGAUUCUUCUAAAGAAAAAAAUUCUGGAUCUAUAAAUAGAAAUUUUUCGUUACAUGCCAGUUCUAGGAAAUCUCCACGAAGUCUUUCUGAACAUUCUAUUAUUAGUAAUAGUUUAAACGAUGACAUGUCUGACAAAACUAGGCGUUUCAAUAAAAAAGGUACAGUUAAGUCAAUGAAAGAUUUUACUUAUGGAAAAAGAAAAAGUAAUCCUUCUAAAAGAAGUAGUUCUGUUGUUAAAGUACUAAAUUCAAUUACUAAUUUGGCUUCAACUGCUAGUAGUACUAUGGCAAACAUCUGGCAAAGAAGAGGAUCCGGUGGUCCAUUAGAAUAUGCUUUUAUAAAUACUCUUCCAAGUCAGAAUUUAAAUGAUGCCUUUCUAUCACCUAGUAGAAGUUCUGUAAGAAGUCGCUCAAGUUCGCAAUAUUCUCGUAAUCAUUCACGAGAAAGUUGUUCAUUAAAGAAGACAUCUUCUUCUGAACAGUUACCUUCUCCUAUGAUACUAGAUCACGAACUGAGAAGCAGUAGAAGUAGUAUAAAGCGAUGUAAUAAUGUCAAUAGAAAUGGGGUUACACCAAAUAUUGAUCAUGUUAUUGAAGUAACUAAAAGAGAAAUUGCAUCUUUUAAAUAUCCUGUUGACCGUUCUUCAUUUAAAGAUAUUAGACAACAAAAGUUUAGAAAAAUUAAUUUGUUGACUAAACCAAUGGAUGAUAAAACAUCAAUAUUUGUAAAUGAAUCAACUACUAUUUCUAAUAAUUCAGAUGUUAUGAUUCCUAUUAUUACAGGAAAAUUUAAUAGGAAAUCAACAAUAAGAUGUAGUAAAAAAGAUUUAGAAAGUGAGAAAAAUGAUGUUGAAAAUCAAAAUCUUACUACAGUAAAAGAUUUGGCAUCUGUCGAGGGUAAGAAGCGUGAUGUUGCUUUAACAAUUGAUAGAUCACGAAGAAAUACAGCUCCAGUAAAAAGUAUGCUUGGUAGAAAUACCCUUAGAAGGAAUCAACCUAAUUCUAUUCAGAGUGGAUUAAAAACGCCAAAAAUUACAAGAAGCAACAAGUUUCUUAAUAAUGAAAAUUUCGAUGACUCUUUCGAGUUUAAAUCAGAUGAAUCCACAUUAUUAUUUAAAAAUAAUCUUUGUGCUCGAAGUAGUUCAUUUCAUAAUGGUGUCCUUUCGAGUCCUGAUUCACGUAAACCAUUGGCUGUUAUGAAUAUGCAAAGAAAUGAUACAUCAAACCUAUUUGAAAGCAGUCAUUCAUUAUUAGGACUAGUUGAAAAUGGUAGUUCAUUAAAGUAUUCACCAAAAAUAGUUAAACGUAACAGUUCAGAAAUGAAUAAAUCAAAAAAUAAUGAUUCUUUGGAUGAUUUAAUUAAGCAUAAAAAGAAAUAUUCAUCAACUGAAAUUGAGACUAACUUUUUAAAUGAAGAUAUAAAUAUUGAUGUUGACAUUGUUCAACAUGAGCAAUAUUUUUCAAUAGAUAUUACAACGCCUGAAAAUUCAAUUGUUACUGAGAAGUGUAAAUAUGUAUGUGGAAAUGCAACACCACUACUUCCAGAUAAUAGUAAUACAAAGAAAGACAAAAAUAAUAUUACCCCAACAUAUGCUCCAGAGACAUUCAAUUUAUCAUUAUCAAGAGAAGAUCUUGAAAAAUUGGCACCAGUUACAACAAGUUUGUUUAUGUCUCCAAGAGAAAGUAUAACACCAGAUUAUGACAGUUCACGAUGGAACAAAACAUCAUCAUUAUCUAAUUCAAAAAAUUCAACCACGUCAUUUGGUAGUCUCCUUAAUACAAAUACAUUUUUAAAUGUAGCUAAAGACAAAUCAAGAUCACCAAGUAGCGAUGGUAACAUUCAUUUAACAGAUAACAAUACUCAAUCCCCAACGACAUCUGUGUCAAAUAUUAAAUCAUAUACUAAUUAUGCUUCAUCUUAUGUUAAAAAAUCUGACUCUGAUUCAUCACCAACUAAAAUGCAAAUUAGUAGCCCUAGUGGUAUAGUUGAAAUUUUUAAAACAUCUACUUCUGAAGUCAAUAGAACCAAAACUGCCAUUCAACGUCAAAGUACAGGAACAUGGAAAGAGACAUCAUCUCCAACAUCUUUUAUUCCUAAUGUUGUUGGUAAAAUGUUCGAUACAUCUAUUGAAAAAUCACCAAUGAAAUUAAUAAGGCCUGCUUCACCUGUUAAGGAAAAAUCUAAUACUACAAUAAGUUCUAAUCAACUAAUAAGUGAUGGGAAAAUUGAUUGUUGUAUAAAAAUUGAACAGAAGCAGCUUCUUACUAAUCAACAUAGUGGGCAUAAUGUACAAACAUCUGCAUUUGGUACAAUAAUUGAUGAAUCACCAAAAAAAACAAUAAUUCAUUUGGAUAACAAUUUUAAAACGCCAUCUCUUCCAAAAUCAGGUAGAGAUAAAUAUACAAGUAGCAGGAAGAAAAAAGUUUCCGUUGUAAAUGAUGAUGACUUUAAGAAUUCUGAUUACAUGGUUGAUCAAUUAAAAAAUGCUAAAAAUAGUAAAGAUAUGGAAGCUGUUGAUAGUCCAAGUGCAAAAUAUGCUAACACUCGACCUAGUUUAGCUGUCUUAUAUAAAGAGAAAUGUGGAAAUGUAAAGGAAAAAGUUUCACAGUUUUCUCAUUUAACUCUUUAG